AUGUCAUGUGGAAUAGAUAAAAUAAAAGAUAAAAAAAAUCCUAAAGAAAUAUCAGAUGAGGAAUGGAAAAAAGUUUUGUCUCCUGAGGAGUUUCAUAUAACUAGAGAAGCAGGUACAGAACCAAAAUUUUCUGGUGAGUAUGAUAAAUUUUUUAAGCCUGGAAAAUAUACUUGUAAAUGUUGUGGAAUUGAUUUAUUUUUGUCGGAGAAUAAAUUUGAUUCAGGUUGUGGAUGGCCUGCUUUUGAUAAAUCUGUUGAUCAAGACUUGAAUAUAAUUCGCCUUGAAGAUAAUUCUUAUGGUGUCACAAGAACUGAAGUUCGUUGUAAAAAUUGUAAUGCUCAUUUGGGUCAUGUAUUUGAUGAUGGACCAAAAGAUACCACAGGGGAACGUUAUUGUAUCAAUAGUGUUUCAAUAAAUUUUGAAUCUAAGAAAUCUGAAUAA